AUGGCAUCUCUAAGCACAUUUCAUUACCAGAGCAGUUUACCAAAGCUUCCAGUGCCAAAAUUACAGGAUACCUUCCAGAAAUAUCUGGCUGCUGUUCGCCCUUUAGUUGAUGAUGAGCAGUAUGCAAAAACGCUAGCUGAAGUCAGCGAAUUUGUUCAGCAAGAUGGACUUGCAGAGCAAAUACAGCAAUAUAUUUUGGAAAAGUUCAAAUCUUCUGAGAACUGGUUAACCGACUGGUGGACCAAGUACGUUUACUUAAAGGAAAGAAAAUCUAUUAUUUUUAAUUCUUCUGGUUCUAUGGUCAUCGGUUAUGGGCCUGCUGCAACGGAAGAUGAAUAUAUAGACCUUGCCGCUAAAUUCGCUCUGAAAAUAUCUGAGUACUAUUGGAAAAUCUAUACUGAAACUUUGGAACCAGAGCUUGUUGCGGGUAAGCCGUUAUGCAUGAUGCAAAAAUUAUACAUGUAUGCCGGUGGAAGAAUUCCUAAGCAAGAUAUGGAUGAUUUUGAAUUUCAAAAUGUUGGAGAUGAAAGUAUUUCUAAACACAUUAUCAUUUCUCAUAAUAAUCGGUUUUUCGCCGUUGAAACCAUCAAAGACGAUAAACUCAUUUCGUUCGCUGAAAUGAGAAAGCAAGUUAAAAGAUUAAUAGAAAUGUCUGCUGAAGAAUCCGAACCUAUCGGUAUAUUGACAACUGCAGAGCGUGCAAAAUGGGCUGAUAUUUAUGAACUUUUGCUCAAAGAUCCACAAAAUAAGAAAUCAAUUCGGACAAUUCUUCGUGGAAUUUCAGUUUUAAGCUUAGAACGCAAUUUACCGGAGAUUCCUGUUGGCCCCGAUCAUGCAGACUAUCUUGAUGAAAAGUAUUCAUUAUGUACGGCAGCAGGCUUACAUGGCUUCGGCGCCAAAUAUAGUGCUGCUAAUCGAUGGAAUGAUAAAGGGAUUACCUAUUACCUUGGGGGCUAUGGAUAUUAUGGUAUGUUAGGCGAGCAUAGCUACAUGGAUGGAGCGCCAACAUUUCAUUGCAAUAUCUACCUUGACCAAGGAAUCUCCAAUUUCAAAAUUGAUGAAGAAGUAUCUGAAGAAUAUCUAAAUGAAGUCCCGCCACCUCAGAAAAUCGAAUGGAAUCUGUCUGAAGAUAUAGUCAAGGAUAUACGGGAAACAGCAGAAGUUUUCGACAAAGCUGUGGAUAACGUUUUAUCACGGAGUAUAGUAUUCUGCGAAUAUGGUAAAGAGUUUAUCAAAACUCAAAAAAUGAGCCCGGAUAGCUUUCUGCAAACUGCUUUUCAAUUGGUUUACUACAUGCUAAAAAAUGAAUUUGCAAAUCAAUACGAAAGUUGUACUUUAAGGCUUUUCGCCCAUGGCAGAACCGAAAAUAUUCGUUCUGCAACAUCAAAAUCCAAAGAAUUAUGCCAAAUUUGGACAAGUUCUGAAGCAACGGAUAGCGAAAAGUUAGCGGCGUUUGUUGAAGCUACAAAGGCUCAUAAUAAACUGGCUAGAGAAGCCUUUAUAGGCCAAGGCUUCGAUAGACAUUUGUUCGGCUUGAAGAUAGCAGCAUUGGAGAAAGGAUUGCCAGAACCGAAGUUUUUUAAGGAUUUUUCUUUUCAAAGGCUUAACCAAUACGAAAUUUCGACUAGUCAGGUAACUUUUCCGGAUCUUUCCAAUUCAAACUUUGCUCCAGCAUGCCUUCAUGGUUUUGGAAUAUGUUAUAAUAUUCAACCUCAUAAAUUGAAUAUUUCUUGUUCUACAUUUAAAAGCUACCCUAAAAAUGAUGCUAAAAUAUAUCUUGAUAAAUUACGACAAUUCUUUGGCCAAUAUCGCGAAAUGGCAACGCAAUUAGUCAAUGGAAAUAAGUAA